AUGUCUGCCGGAAAGAUUCUUGUGGUCUUCACGAGCCACACCAAGCUGAUCGGCAAUGACCACCCCACUGGUUACUAUCUUCCAGAGGUACGUUUAGGCCUAUGAUGCUGCUGUGCGUCUGUGUGAGACGUCUUUUGACUCGCAACUCUCCGACCUCAGAUCGCGCACCCCUACUGGAAGCUCAAAGCAGCAGGCUACGAUCUGGUGGCAGCUUCGCCCAAGGGUGGAGAAGCUCCACUCGAUCAAGCAUCCGUAGAAGCGUUCAAGAAUGAUGACGAGAGCGUCAAGUUCCUCAACGAUGCCGAAGCUCAACAGUGGGUCAAGAACACGAGGAAGCUGAGCGAGAUUGGCGAUGGAUCGGAGUACAAGGCUCUCUUCUAUCCGGGCGGGCAUGGUCCUGUUGUGAGUGGCGCUUCGUACCUUUUACCUCACCCAUGACAAUUGCUCAUCCCGCACUCCCCCAUCUCAGUUCGACUUGCCCGUCGACGCCGAUAGUCAGCGCCUGAUCCAGGCUUUCUACGAGUCUGGUCGUCCAACCUCUGCGGUAAGUUUCCAGCAGGUCAAGGAUACCUGUCCAACUUAGCUGAUCAGACUUCUGCGGUUCUCUUCAGGUUUGCCACGCCCCUGCCGUUUUCGCGGACGUCAAGCUCAAAUCUGGCGCGUACUUGGUCGAGGGCAAGCGCCUGACCAGCUUCACUAACGAGGAGGAGGAGCAAGCCAAGCUCACCGACGCAAUCCCAUGGCUGUAAGUCGUGCCGUCGAUAGCUUGCGUCGCAUGCGCGCCCUCCAUCUCAUCCGAUCUUUGUUGCCUUCACCCCGUAGCGUCGAGACUCGUCUCGGCGAGCGCGGUGCUACUUUCGAAAAAGCGGAAAAGCCCUGGGGCGAGAAGGUCGUCGUGGUGCGUACAUGCCCCUUGCACGUGCACAUCAGCCCAGCAGACGCCCAUGAGCUGAUAUCGCUUUGACUUUGUCUGUCCGCUGUGAUGCAGGACGGCAACUUGUUGACGGGCCAAAACCCAGCCUCGGCCGGCGCACUCGCUGAUGCGAUCCUUGCGCAGCUCAAGUAA